UUGAUGCCUGACCUUCCCGUCCCGGGAUUAUACUAAAAUUCUUGCUUAGAAAAUGGGUCCUACAAGACGCCUGGUUACCAUCAAAAGGAGCGGGGUGGAUGGCCCUCACUUUCCGCUGAGCCUCAGCACCUGCUUGUUUGGAAGGAGUAUUGAGUGUGACAUUCGUAUUCAGCUUCCUGUAGUGUCCAAACAACACUGCAAAAUUGAAAUCAGUGAGCAGGAGGCAGUAUUGUUUAAUUUCAGUUCCACAAAUCCAACACAAAUAAAUGGAUCUACUUUUGAUAAACCUGUACAGCUAAAACAUGGUGAUGUGAUAACUAUUGUUGAUCGGUCUUUCAGGUAUGAACAUGAAAGUCAUCAGGAUGCAAGCAAGUCACCUGGAUUUCCAGGACAAAGACGGGACCAGGAGACAUCGCGUCGGGUCUCACGAUCCAGCUUAUCUUCCAACCCAGUUCACUGUCACGAAGGGGAAGCUCAGGAUCCCGGCGCCUGCUCAGAAGUCGCGGGAGAAGCUGUCUCGGGAAGGCCUGUGGCCCACGGGGAGGACGUCACGGCCGCACACGCCGUCUCAGGGCGCGGGGAGGGCCAUGCUGCCAGGAGAACACCCAGUCGCGUUCCUUCCUCAGAACUUCCUGGAGAUAACUGCAGAGGUGCGGCGGAUCCCACCGCUGGGGACUUGAAAGAAGAUCCCAGUGUAGCAUCAGGGGCCUGUCGUGAAGAACCGAAGGCUCUUUCCUCCAUACAGUGUCUUAAGAGGCGUGACCAAAGUGAGUCUCCCUUUAGGAAGCUUUACGAGUCGAUGAAAGUGGGGUUAGAUGUGAACCCAGGAAAAGGCAAUGUUCUGCAGAAUCGCCGAAAAUCAGGACCGCAGCGUCACUGCACAACAGGCAGAGAAAGUGCUGACGGGUUACAGGACGAGACUCUGGUCUCCCCCAAAUCCAGAUGGAAGUCGGGCCGAAGCCCCCACAUGAAGGCAGACCCCAGUCUGGGAGAGCAAGCAAGUAGCCAGACUGAGGGAGAGGGGAGUGGGGAGCCGGUUCAGACGCCCAAGGAGCCCAGGAGUCCUGGUAUCGCCCGCGCGGAGACGGAGACAAGGAAAACCAGGACCCCCGUGCGGUGUUCACCACAUAGUCCCUCCCGGAGGCGGCGGAGUGAAGACCCGAGUGUCAUCGGUGGCUGUGUAUCUCAGAAUCUAGACCAAGGUGAAGGCUCCGGGGCAGAUGAUAAGACGCUCACACCCCAGAAGUUCUUGCCUAGAAAUCAAACACCCGUUAAAGCUGGGAGUUUUGGGAAUACACCGGAAAAGCUUUUCUCCAGAAAGAGGAAGAGUAUGCCUACAAAUGUUGACCGUCUGACUGCAGAAACAGAGAUUCCACAUCCGAUGCUUUCAGCUCCACUGGUCCUUCAAGUUGAAAAGAAGAUUCAAAGCGAUUUUCUCAAUAAGCCUGAGAAGCUGGGCCCGGCAGCUAGACAGGUGGGCCCUGGGUUAUCCAGUCUCGGUGCAGCUGACGUCUGCAGCUUCGGUGAUUCCACAGAUAAGAUGGAGGACGUGGCUGCGAAGAGGAGACGCGUCUCCUUUGGGGGUCGCCUGAGACCCGAAUUAUUCGAUGAAAACUUACCUCCCAACACACCUCUCAAAAGAGGAGAGACGCCAAAGCAAAGACGGUCGCUGGCCGCCCACACGCCCACUGUCCUGAAGAAAAUCAUCAAGGAGCAGCCCCAGCCAUCAGGGAAAGAAGAUUCUUCAGAAGUCCAUCUGAAAGUGACCUCACUGGACACCUUCAUGAGCUCUCCGGCUCCUCACGCAGUCCACGCUUCUGCGGCCACACCCAACCGAUGCCGCAGGCUGUCCAAGGUGUCUUGCGUGUCCGGGGUCGGCGGGUCCCCACGUCAGACAGAUGUCCCCAAGAGAGGGGGGAGACGGAGCAGCGGCCUCCCUGCCCAGAAAGCGUCCCUGGAGCGGAGCCAGCACGGGAUCCUCCAGACCAUUUUCUCCAGGAGAAGGAGCGGCGCCUCGGAGGCCAAUUUGAUUGUGGCAAGAUCGUGGGCAGACGUGGUGAAGCUCGGUGCCAAGCAGGCCCAGCACAAAGCUGCGAAGCGUGGCCCUCCCAAGCAGCUGGGCAGACGGCAGAGGAGAGCCAACACUCCGAAGAAGCCGCCCAGCACCGUUCACAGUCAGUUUAGCACUGGCCACGCGAACUCUCCCUGCACCAUCGUCAUAGGGAAGGCUCAGCUCGAGAAAGUGACCGGGCCGGCUCGACCCUACAGGGUGAUAAACAGCUUCAUGGUCAGCAAACCAAGGGACUUCAGUGAAGAUCUUUCAGGGCUGCCUGAAAUGUUCAAGACACCAGUGAAAGAGAAGCCGCAAAGGAUGAGCAUGUGUCCCCCUACUUUCCCAAAUUCAGAGGAUUUGCUUGGAAAAGAGCUUCUAGGACCUCAUUCAGGAGAAAAACCUCUGCUGUGCACUUUGGAAAAUUUUGGCGAGAAUGUGUUUCCUAGGACUCAAGAUACAGCAAAAGGGCCAUCUGACCAGAGUUCUGCAAGCCCUGCUUUGAGACGCCCCAGCAUUAAAAUGAGCGAAGAUGCUGGGAAAACACCGAGGAGCAUGAAUAAAACCACAGCUGCUGAGAAGAAAACUCCAGUGUCCACGGCAGUGACUCCAAAGGCACCAUCAAGUGCAAACAGGUCUAGAAGGUCUGCGGAGCUCGGCGGUGUGCAGACGCCGGGUACAGGGCCAGAGAGCCAAGACGCAAAACCUGACCCCAUGGAAGACAUCUUGGGAAGACGUCUGGAGAAAACACCACAACCAGAGCCGAAGCUGGAGAGAGACACAAAGGAAAGUGAAAAGUCUUUCGAAAAAUGUAAGCAAAACAUCGAAUCGAAAGAAAAUUCUGAAAAGACGAUAGCUGUGAGGAGAUCAAGAAGAGCCUCAGAGCUGAAGUGUGAACCAGCGGCAGACCUGACCACUGGAGGUCAGGAGGUCAGGAGGUCUGGAGGCAGACCUCCUCUCCAGAGGUCGCAGGACACAGAGGCCGAGGAGAACCAGGUGGACAUCCUGAGUCUCCUACAGACCCCUGGUCAUGCCAAGGAAGUGACGGAUGCCGAGAACAGAGCCACAAAGAUGAGCUAUAAGUCUCCCAAGCCAGGAGCGGUCAGGUCGCCCACCAGGGUGAGCAUGCAGUUCAAGACACUUUCCCAGAAGGUGGAUGUAGGAGGUUCCUCGGACCUUAGGAAGCCCUCGGAAAUGCCAGGGGAAGCCACGCCCACUCAAAGAGAACCAAGAGAUGCUAAAAGCAUCCAGCUGUUUAAGGAAACUCCAAAGCAGAAACUGGACCCUGCAGAGAAUUCUUCUGGAAGUAAGAGGCGGCCAAGGACACCCAAGGGAAAGGCCCCACCUCUGGAAGACCUGACUGGCUUCAAGGAGCUCUUCCAAACCCCACAUCAAGCCAAGGAACCAAUAACUGAUGACAAAACCACUAAAACACCCUACAAAUCUCCACAACCAGAGCCAGUCAACACACCAAGUAGAAGGGGACAUCUCAGGACACCUUCCCAGAAAGUGAAUGUGCAGGAAGGCCUCUCAGCUCUCAGGAAACCUCAGCAAACACCAGAGGGUGGUGACAGUGGCAUUGCAGUGUCUCAGGAAGCCCCAGAAGAGAAGCUAGACCUUGCAGGAAAGGUACCUUCAGCGAAGAGGCGACCAAGGACACCCAAGAAAAAGGCCCAGACCCUGGAAGACCUGACAGGCUUCAAGGAGCUCUUCCAAACCCCAGAUCAAGCCAAGGAACCAAUGACUGAUGACAAAACCACCAAAACACCCUGCAAAUCUCCACAGUCGGAGCCAGUCAACACACCAAGUAGAAGGGGACAUCUCAGGACACCUUCCCAGAAAGUGAAUGUGAAGGAAGGCCUCUCAGCUCUCAGGAAACCUCAACAAACACCAGGAAAAGCCACACAGUCACCCAGAGAACCAGAGGGUGGUGACAGCGGCAUUGCAGUGUCUCAGGAAGCCCCAGAAGAGAAGCUAGACCUUGCAGGAAAGGUACCUUCAGCGAAGAGGCGACCAAGGACACCCAAGGGAAAGGCCCAGUCCCUGGAAGACCUGACUGGCUUCAAGGAGCUCUUCCAAACCCCAGAUCAAGCCAGGGAAUCAAUGACUGAUGACAAAACCACCAAAACACCCUAUAAAUCACCAGUAGAAACAAUCAACACUCCAGCCAGUAAGAAGAGACGACUCAAGUCACCUCCCCGGAAAGUGGGCACAGAGGAGGAGCUCUCAGCACUCAGGAGGCCUGCACAGACUCCAGGGGGAGCCAGGCACUCAGAAGGAGAAGCAGCAGGUGAUGGGGAAGACAUCAAAGCGUUCACAGGAACACCAAGGCAGAAACCGGACCCUGCAGAAAAUGUGACUGGGAUUAAGAGGCAGCUAAGAACACCCAAGGAAAAGGUCCAAUCUCUAGAAGACCUGACUGGCUUCAGAGAGCUCUUCCAGACCCCAGAUCACACCACAGAACCAAGGGCUGUUCUCAAAACCCCCAAGAUACUCUGUCAGUCUCCACCACUGGAACCAGUCAACAUAACACCAGGUAGAAGGGGAAGUCUCAGGACACCUUCCCAAAAAGUGGACAUGCAAGAAGACCGCUCAGCUCUCAGAAAGCCUACACAGACACCAGGGAUGACAACACACUUACCCAAAGAACCAAAGGGUGGUGACAGAAGCCCUGCAGCAUCUCAGGAAACUCCAGAAGAGAAACCAGACCCUGCAGAAAAUUUAUUUGCAAGCAAGAGGCAGCCAAGGACACCCCAGGAAAAGGCCCAACUCUUGGAAGACCUGGAUGGCUUUAAAGAGCUCUUCCAAACCCCACAUCGAUCCAAGGAACCAGUGACUGAUAACAGUAUCCCUGAAAUGCUCUGCCGGUCUCCACAACCAGAACCAGUCACCAUAACACCAGGUAGAAGGGGACCUCUCAGGACACCUUCCCAGACGGUGGACAGGAAGGAAAACUGCUCAGCUCUCAGGAAGCCUCAGCAAACACCAGGGGAAACCACAUACUCACACAGAGAACCAGAAGGUGGUCACAGAGGCAGUGAGCUUCCUGCAGUGUCUCAGGAAGCUCCAGAAGAGAAACCAGACUCUGCAGAAAACAUAACUGCACGCAAGAGGCAGCCAAGAACACCUAAGGAGAAAGCCCAGCCCCUGGAAGACCUGAGUGGCUUCAAAGAGCUCUUCCAAACCCCAGAUCAUGCAAAGCAACCCAUAAUGAUCGAUGACCAGCCCCCCACCAUACCCUGUAAAUCACCAGCAGAAUCAGUCACCAGGAGAACAGGCAGAAAGAAACAACUCAGGUCAUCCCCAGAGGAAGUGGGUGUGGAAGAGCCCUCAGCACUCAGGAGGCCCUCCCAGGCUCCAGGAGAAGCCACAUGCAUGCACAGAGAAGCUGCAAAGGAUGAAAACGACACCAAAGUGUGUAAGAAAACUUCAAGGCAGAAACUGGUCUCAGCAGAAAGUGUAACUGGCAUCAAGAGUCGGCUAAGAAACGUUAAAGAAAAGGCCCAACCCACGGAAGACCCAGCCAGGGUCAAAGAGCCCUUCCAAAAGCCCAACCAGACUGAGGAACUAAGGAAUGAUGUAAAAAUCGCUCCAGCAUCCCACCAGUCUCCACCAGCAAAACCAAUCACCAGGAGAACGACCAGACAGAGACGGCUCAGGUCACCACCAGGAAAAGUGGCCAUGGAAGAGCCCUCAGCAUCCAUAGGGCCCACACAGACACCCGGGGAUACACACACAGAGCCUGUAGGCAAAGGAAAAGACAUCAAGGUGUUGAAGGAAACUUCAGGGCAGAAACUCAGUCCUGCAGAGAGUGUAACAGGCAUCAGGAUUCGGCUAAGAACACUAAAGAAAAAGACCCAACCCCUGGAAGACUCAGCCAGUGUCAAAGAGCUCUUCCAAAAGCCAGAUCAGGCCAAAGAAGCAGAGAGUGAUGUUACAAUAGCUCCAGGGCCCCGCCCAUCCCCACCAGCAGAACCAGUCACCAGACCAACAAGCAGAAAGAGGCGGCCCAAGUCAUCACCAGAGAAAGUGGACAAAGAAGAGCCCACACCAACACCAGGGGAAAGCACGUGGGGCCAGCCUGUAGGUGAUGAAAAAGACAGCAGAGUGCGGAAGGAAAAUCCAAGGCAGAAACUCAAUCCUGCAGAAAAUGUAACUGGAGUCCGGAGUCGGCUAAGAACACUGAGGGAAAAGACCCAACCCCUGGAAGACCCGGCCAGUGUCAAAGAGCUCUUCCAAGACCCAGAUCAGGCCAAAGAACCAGAGGGUGAUGUUACAACCAUUCCAAUGCCCUGCCAGUCUCCACCAGCAAAACCCGUCACCAGACCAACAAGCAGAAGUAGGCAGCUUAAGUCGUUGCCAGAGAAAGUGGAUGUAGAAAGGCCCUCAGCGCUUAGAGAUCCCACACAAACACCGCGGGAAACCACACACAGUGAGCCUGUAUGUGAUGAAAAAGACAACAGAGUAUUGAAGGAAGAUUCAAAGCAGAAACUCAAUCCAGCAGAAAAUGUAAUCGGGGUCAGGAGCCGGCUAAGAACCCUGAAGGAAGAGACCCAACCCCUGGAAGACCCGGCCGGUGUCAAAGAGCUCUUUCAAAGGCGAGAUGGGGCCCAGGAGCCAGUGAGUGAUGUUACGACGGCUCCAGCGCCCCGCCAGUCUCCGCCAGCACAGCCAGUCACCAGGAGAACAGGCAGACAGAGACAGCUCAGGUCACCACCAGGAAAAGCGGCUGUAGACGAACCCUCAGCGCUCAGCAGGCCCGCACAGACUCCAGGGGAAACCACGCACACAGAACCUGUGGGCGAUGAGAACAAGAUGAGGACGGCCAAGGAAACGUCAAGGAGGAGCCCAGACUCUGCAGAAGACGUCAUUGGCGUCAGGAGUCGGCGAAAAGCAUUUAAGGAGAAGACCGUGGAAGACGCGGCCUGUUUCCAGGAGCCCUUCCAAAAGCCCGAUCAGGCCGAGGAACUGGAAAGCAAUGCUACUGCCAUCAAGAGAGCCCCAAAGCAAACAGCGGACAGAAGACCUGUCGAAACAUCCCGAAGAGUCCUCAGGGCCCGUAAACUAAGAUUCACAGAAGACCUUGUGGGCAGCAGAGACCCGGCCAAACUCCCUGGUGAAAGUUGCGUUUCCCCGUCCCCCGAGAGGGACCAGGGAGAAGACGGGAGGGUCACAGGCAGGAAGAGGCUGCACCCCGUGACAGCUGCCCAGGACCCCGAGGACGAGAGGCCACUCCAGAAGAAGCAGAGGACAGCCCCCGGGGAGACACGGGGGCCCCCCUCACCCUCGAGAGUGAAGAAGAGAAGUCUGCGGACUUUGGCACAAAGGACUGAGCCUGUGGGAAACCUGCCGGACGAUGACCUGAAAACUAAAGCUACGGAUCCACGAGGAGAAGUCGCACAGGCUCCGAAUAAGGGAGUGUCCCUGCGUUCCAGGCGUCCUGCUAAAACUUGUGUAGAGGAGCAAAGACCUGAGGUUCUUAUAUCAGCAGAAAAGGUAAAAAUAAAGAGAAGCGAAAAGAAGUCUGUGCAGACCUCCCAGGAGAUGAAGCUCCAAAGCCCUGAAGAUGGAGCCGAGAAGCCUGCCUCUGGGGGCAAAGCUGAAGAGAGGAGGACGCGCUCGAGACCUGGGAGGCAGAACCAGAUGCCUUUGCCUGAGGCUGCAGAGGAGAAAGCGAGGGAGGGGAGGGUGGACAUCCCGGUGAAGAAGCAGGAAGAGAAAGAAGGGACGGGACGUUCAGACCCCAAGGGUUCGCGAUCCAGAAAGGUUAGCGUCCGCCCUCCAGGAAACCCUUUGGAGAGUGCAUCCGAGCAGAGAGCAACCCGGAGUGCCAAGAGAUGUGCCCACAGUCUUCAAAAGGAAAGUGACAAUGUGUGUGUCAAGAAAAUAAGAACCAGAAGUCGUCGAGACCCUGAAGAUAUAUAGCUAAGAAGUUUAACAGGGGGAAAAAAGUAAUGAAUUUAGUGAUAAGUUGUAGUACAAUAUUUGCCAUAAGUUUUAAAGUGAAUUCUGUAAAUAAUGCUGUUGGGGAUGGGGUGGGGUGGGUGUUUAAGGGAAGAAGGCUUAGAAUUUUCUAACUCAAGUUUAUUCAAAAGCCCCUACAUGGAAGUUAUGAAGGAGACUGCUGAGUCUCCUAAAUUAGUAAAAAUUUUAAAACUUGAGUAGGGGGGUGGGGGGGGGGUUAUGGGAGUUUGCAUCUCGGCCAGUGAAGCCGUGAGGUCUGUGACCGGCGCUGUCAGUCCCCGUCGGCCGAGGGCUCCAUCACUUGCCACGCCGCUGUAAAUGCUUCCCUGUGUGUGUGUCCUGCGUGUACGUUCGUCCUCCAUGCAAAUGUGAAAGGCAGGGGCUUCUCCAGCACUGGCAGGCAGGCACUCAGGACGCGGGGAGGAAUGGGCAGAGGACUAGAGAAACGAGAGUUAGGGUGUCCGCCUUCCCCGUGGGGAGACCGCGGGUCCAGGCACUCGGCUACGGGUCAUCUGCUUGCUGCCCUGGCCUCGAAGGGAAGAGGCGUGUGAUCCGGAGGCUGGUCUGUGAUGCCAUCUGCAGGGUAACGUGACGCUGUUUGAGGAAGGGCUGACCGCUUGCCUUUUUCACGGGAGGUGUGUGUCUGAACUAGGACUGCUCUCAUCUGAGAGGGCGUCGCCCCACUCGGCUGAGGGCCGUUGCCCACGUGCCUCUCGGCCCCACGCUGUGACGCCCCCUGCGCGCUCGGGCCACGUUUUCCGAGUUUCCUCUGCUCUGGUCUCUGCUUUACCUGCCCACACAUGUUGGCCUGACCGCGCGCCUUCCCCUCCGACGGGAGGCGCCACCAGCCCAGACGCCUCGCCCCCAGAAACAGCGGCCGUUUCUGCUGCUCGGAGCUGGAGGCCCUUGCAUCUGGUUUUACGCCUGGAGUCCGCCCUUCAGUUUCAGAGCCGCCCAUCUCACUGCCGUUUCCCUCUGUCCUCCGGCUCCUCCGUGUUCCCAGGUCAGACGCGAGCGCCCCGUCCCUCCAGGCACCCGUGUGCAGGCCUCCC